AUGGCAAAGGAUACGGAGCUUUCAGCAAAUGAGAGGGCUUUUAUUCUCGAGGCUUUACAGAAGAAUGUGCGUCUCGAUGGUCGGCCCCUGGACCAAUUCCGUUCCCUCAACCUGACCUUUGGCGAUGAAUAUGGUGUCAUAGUUCGCAUAUCCGCCGAAGUGACUGCGCCUCGUCCUGAGCGAGAAAGCGAUGGUAUUUUUACAGUGUCUAUUGAGCUGAAUGAUAUGGCUAUCCCAGGCUUUGAAACCGGACGACAGUCCGACUCGGAGACUCAGCUUUCCCGUACACUAGACAAAAUCGUGCGUCGGUCGAAUGCUCUUGACACAGAAUCCUUAUGUAUAGCGAAAGGUCUAAGCUGCUGGAAUGUGCGCGCUGAUGUGCACAUUGUUGACGCUGAUGGCGGGUUGGUGGACAUUUGCUGCCUUGCCAUAAUGGCGGCCCUGCUUCACUUUCGCCUCCCAGAAUCGACCGUUCGUGACGGGAAGGUGACCGUUUACUCCGCGGAGGAGAAGGUACCGGUCCCUCUUAAUCUCACCAAAGUGCCCUUGUCCGUGACUUUCAAUUUGUAUGAUGAAGGUAAAACCACGCUUCUAGACGCAACUUCAAGCGAGGAAGCUGUUAGCGAGGGCUCGCUCAUUAUAGCCCUUGACAAAACCGGCGAAAUAGCUCUGUAUUCCAAAGCGGACGGAACACCGGCGGAUCCUUUGAAUAUGGUUGCCUGCUCCGCUACCGCCCUAGCAAAAGUGAGGGAAUUGAACGCACUGAUUCAGCGGAAGCUUGAGGAAGAUUCAAAGGCAAGAGGACAAAAGGGGCUGCGCGCGGAAUCGAGUGCCGCCAACGAACGAUGA